AUUUCGGCAUCUGAGAUAGAAACGUUGCAAAGCGAAGGGCCUGCAACUACUCUGAAUCAAGUCCAUAUCAAAAUGGAAACUCUUAGUAGCGCCCUUCAAGGUCUCCUCCAGUCGGAAACGGCUAACUAUGCCAUUGAUCUUUCUACCAGGGGUAAGGUCUUGGAGGUUCUCCGAAGAAUGAGUAGUAACAUUAGGAAUUUUGACGUAGCUUCUCCUAAAGAGUUAGAACCUUUUAUGGAAACUUCUUUAAGUACAAUGACAGCCAUGAUGAUUAGCGCAAAUAGUGUUCCAAAAAAUGGUAACAAAGCUCCGCCUCGGGACAUGUUGUUUGCUGCAGACAUGACCUACGACACAGACAUAGGUGAUGAUCUCGAUUUGGUCGUACCUACAGGAACUACUGACGUGCUUACUAAUAGUGUUCUACAGAACUCAGGUAGAAAGUUUGCGAAUCACGUAACUGAGAUGCUUGAAAUUUUGCAAGGCAUCAGCGCAGAAAUUCAGGCUAAACUCGUUAAAGGAGAAUUUGUUUCAGCAAAAACUGAUUCGGGAGCAUCAAUGUUAAUUACGAAAAUUGGAGAGGAAAUGCUCGUAAAUGGACUUACUAUCAAAUCGCCAGAGGAGCAGCGAGCAAAAACUAUCUUUCCCAAAAGGUUUUGCCCUUCUAAACAGUUUGACGAGUAUUCAAUCUGCCGUACAGAAAUAGGAAUCACAGUUGUGCAUUGGCCAUGCAUUACGCAUUACUACAGUGCGACAGCGAAUUAUUUAUCAUACAAAUCAAGUAUCAUGCAGGCAGAAGUUUCUUUGGAGCAAAAAGUGGUUGAAGUGAGUGGUCAGAAAAAUCCCAUCAUUUUUGAAAUACCGAGAACACCAGAAACAUUACCCGAACCUCGACGUGCGAAUGUAACUGCAAAUAUGAACUCAAACAUUAAUCUCGUGUAUCACUACUUCAACAUUUCCAUGCCCAUGGGAGCGUACACUUUUGAAAUAACUCCAUCAAAACCAAAUGCGCGCAUGAUUCUUUUGAUCGGACACAACAUGUUUCCUACGCCAACGAACUACCUAAGAGCGCAAAACGUAAGCGAACUUCCCCUCGUUAACGGAAGUCGAGUCUUUUUCGUAAAUUCUGCGCAGAAUGGGAACAGAACUGGGAAGUUUGUUGCAGGUGUGGGUGUCCUGAAACCCGGAGCUACUCUGUCCAACGUCACACAAGGAGAUCUCGAUAAAACUUUCCGUGAUGAUUACGAUUUCCGCAUUUUCGUCUCUGCCUGCUAUUUCUUCAAUCAAUCGACGACGCUGUGGGUCGGGGACGGCUUGGAAGUAAAUGACGCUGAAUAUUUCUUGACGAAGUGUGCAACUCCUCAUUUGACAGGAUUUGGAACAGGAUUCUUGCCAACUCCUAACGACGUAGAUUUCGAUUUCCUUAUCGCAAACAUGGGAUUUCUCGACAACUCAACUCUUUAUGUAGUGCUUAUUCUGUUUCUUUUCCUCUAUAUAAUCAUGAUGUUGUGGUCUCAUUUCAAGGACAAAAAGGAUCUUGAAAGGCUGGGAGUCAUACCGUUCCCAGAUAACAAGCCUGAAGACAAGUACAUUUACGAAAUUACCACUUUCACUGGUCCGGACAGCGAAGCACCAUGUGAAUCGAAUAUAUUUAUGAUUUUAUCAGGCGAAUAUGGCGAAAGCGAAGUGCGAUCGUUACCUAAGCCAACACUCAACUUGUACCGUCGGUAUGAUCGAUACGGCUUCGUGAUGACAACGGCUGCUCCGCUGGGACCAAUCCACUAUCUGCGAGUGUUCCAUGACAAUUACGGACGGCCUCCCUACGAUUCCUGGCAGCUUGAACGUGUAGUCAUCCGAGACUUGCAGGAGCGCAGAAUUUAUACGUUCGAGACCAAUGCAUGGCUUUCUUACAGCCAUGAAAGUGGAAAAGUAGAUCAAACUUUCGUAUGCGCCGAGAAUAACGAAGAAGGAAAUAGCUUCUCCAAUGAAAUGUACAACAGGACAAACAGAGGAGCGAACCAGGAUCAUAUGUGGAUGUCGAUGUUUCUGCGUCCAAUUGGUUCCAGGUUUUCUCGCAAGGGACGUGUCACCGUGAGCACUCUCUUUUUGUAUCUGUCGAUGGCGGUGAAUGCUAUGUGGUACCAAACUAAAAAAGAGAGUGGAAUAGACGCUUACUUGUACAUCGGACCCAUACCAUUAACCGUUGAUCUCGCACUGACUGGCUUGCUGGUUCUCCUAGUCGUCUAUCCCGUGACCUUACCCUUUGUGAUGAUCUUCAAGCGGGCUCGGCCGAGAAAAUUCAAACGAUGCCGGGCUUUGGAUGCCAUUGAAAAACAGAAAAAGAAACAGUUGAAAGACUCCGGCUUAGAUGAGGUCUUGGCUGAAGCAAAGAGUAAGAUUCCCAUCGAUGAAACCAAGUUGGUUAAGCGAACGAAAGACACACCUGUUAUUAAAUGUCUGCCAUGGUGGACUCGACUCAUCGCCUGGAUUCUCGCUCUUCUACUCAUUGCUCUUUCAGCCUUCUUUGUUUGGUCAUACGGCAUCAUGUGGGGAAACAUCAAAACAAUCAAGUGGUUUUCAUCUUUUUUUUCGAGCUUCUUAAUUUCAUUGGUUGUAACUCAGUGGUUAAAGGUAAUUUUUGGUGCUGUGUUCCUCAGUAUUUUCUCAAAAGUCCGCAUGGUGACGGAGGACAUUGACUGUGACGAAGAUUUGCCUCACUUGAAGCCUGACGAAGAAUGGAAACAUUCAGAGGAGCUUGACCCACAAAAUGUGCGCAGCGUGCACCGAGUGAAAGGUGUUGACAUCAGCGAAGCAGAAGUAGCAUUGUUGCGUACAAAAUUAAAGAAGAACCGGGAAAUGAAGUCAGUUUUGAGGGGAGUAAUUGUUUACUGCGGCUUCCUUGUGAUCCUCCUCAUUAUCGCAAACGAUCGAGCAGACUAUAAUGCUUUUUUGAUGAGACAAAACCUCUACAACACAUUUAUGGAUCCUCUUCAUCCUGAAUUAGCAGCUUCAAAAAUGGCAUCGAAGGAUGAUUUCUGGCGUUGGAUGUACGAGGUAGUUCUGAAGCAAAUUAGGUGUUCUCGAUUCUACAAUGGGAAGCCUCCUCUGCAACUGAAAGGAUUCCUUAACGACCAGAACAACCGUAUUAUGGGCUAUGCCAUACUCAUGCAAAACAGGAAUCAACGAUUCGCUUGCAAUGUGGUCCAACCGAUGGAUGACAUUAUUUCUGACUGCUCAGGAACAAGAGGACUCGAUAUCGAAGACCAAACUGAUUUCUGCGCCGAAUGGACUAUAAAGAAUGGGUCGAUGCGUGAAACUUGCUUUGUUGAAGAAUUCCAUUACCGCACCGCAUCUCAGCUUCAAACAUUGCCAGAGAUUGGAACUUUGGGAAUCUAUGGCGGAGGAGGUUAUGUAUUUCGCCUCAAGGGGCACAUCGACGAUGUUACCAAAAACUUGAAGCGAAUACAAGCAAUGCACUGGAUUGACCGCCGCACCCGAAAAGUUAGUCUCUCAUUUUCUGUUUACAAUGCCAACGUGAACUUGUUUGCUACAUGUUUGAUAAGUGUCGAGUUCGUCGAAGGAGGUGGGGUGGUCGUUCGAAGCCGUUUUGAACCAGUCAAACUCCUCAACUUAGGCUCAUCUUUUUAUGAUAAAUUUUUGAUUCUUUGUGAAAUCCUAUUUGUUCUAGCCACGGUCUUUUUCACGCUAAAGGAGAUUUGGGAGAUAAAGAAACGAAGAUGGGAAUACUUUUCGUCUUACUGGAGCUGGACGGAAUUGUCGCUUCUUUUCUUCUCAUAUAUGGAAGUGUUCAUGUAUUUCUACAAAGCUCUACUCAUCCAGGAAGUAAUGCGAGUUUUUAACGAGACUCAAGGGAAUGCGUACGUAAGAACUGACUCAGCCGUAUUGGUGGACCAGUACUACGUUUGGACCAUGGGCGUGAUCAUGUUUGCCUCUAUACUGAAGCUCAUCAAGCUUUUGCAGUUCAAUAAACGAAUGGAUGUCUUGGCUCUUACUAUCCGCCGGUGUUGGGACGACCUUUCAUACUUCCUCAUUGCGUUCACAGUGAUUUUCUUCGCCUUUUGCGCACUAUUCUACUUCAUGUUCCUCACUCAACUGCAAGAUUUCUCAUACAUCACUGGAUCAGUAGUUCAGUGCUUCUCGAUGCUUCUGGGAAAAUUCGAGUUCCAAUCCAUGCAACAGGCCAAUGAGUUUUCCCCAAUCUUGUUUUUUGUAUUUUCUUUGUUGAAUAGCAUGAUCCUCGUCAACAUCAUGCUCACAAUCAUCUUGCAAGCCUUCACUGAGAUCAAACUCGAGCUGCAAAAAAGAAGCAAUAGGUAUGAUAUCCUGGACUUUAUUUGGUUCAUUGCCAAGAAAACAGCGCGUUUGCAGCCAAAUCCCGUGAACCAAAUCCUACCCAGCAACGACUUCAAGAACCCACGAGCAGCUGAGUAUGAAGAAGAUGGUCAGCUGCCUGAUAAGGUGGAUCAACUGAUGGUCUACAUCAACGACACAUAUUUCGAUGGGAAGCUCAACACGAAGGACUCGAUGGCGAUGAAAAGGGCUUUUGCAAUCCACAGGAAAGCCGUUUUUGGGCCCACCAAACGAAGAAUUUUCAGCAGCGAGGAUUAAAAUAUCACAACAUUAUGCACCUGUUUGACAGGUCAACUGAAAGGCCCCACGCCAUCUAUAAUCGCAUUUAAUUACUUAUUUUCCGUUAUUUUGAGCAGGCAUGAGGGAUCAUCAUCAUCUAUCAAAAAUUACGGAUAAUUCGUGCCACGAAAAAUUGUUAUCGACUAGCUUGUGGUCAUUGUGUGCGAGUAUCUCAAUACUAUCGUGGGUGGGCGAUUCAGCACAAGAAUCUGGAUUGCAAUAAUCUCAUAGUAUAUUCUCAUAUAUUCAAUUGUUUGUGAUAUAGUUAAUCUUUAUGGGAGUGAAAUAUAUCGUAAUAUUAAUAGAAAGCACCCAAUAAUGAAUCAUAAUUCAUGAUAUAAAAUGAGCCUAACUCUUCUUUAUGCACGUCUUCUAUAGCAACCGAAAUUGCACGGCUCGUUAACCCUAAGGUAAUUAUUUAGCUUUAGUAUUACUAGGAAGAUAUGGUUUAAAGACUUCACAUGAUUACUUGCCCAAUUAAUUAAAUCAGCUGAGAAAGAAUAAGUUUAUCAAACAAAGCAUUAAUCGAAGAAAAUGAUUUUCACAGAAACGUCACUCAUUGUUCCUUAUUAAUUUAUUGACGUUGGCUGACGUGAGCCAACGAGUCACAUUAAGCACGUGCGCUCAUGCUAUGUAGUUUAAAUGUAUUUUUAGCCACUAUUAAAAUGUGUGUGCUACCAUUAAACGUCACUUCAAACUAGUUAAGGUUUGAUGGGGUUUAUAAGCCUAUACAGAUUUUGACAAGUGUGAUAUAUUGUAUUGUUUUCCGAUCGAGCGUAAACUAUUUG